UUCCGCCAGACAAGCUUUUCCAGCCUUCUGCAUAGGAUCGGCUGAAGUCGUCUGCGCUGUCGUCAAGUAGUAGGAUCCUCUUACGUUUUGAAACCCCUUCCCCGCCAUGCGUCUCUACACCUCCAUAUGUAGUGGCAUCCGUUGCGGGAACUACUUUAGCCCAGACGCCAGCGGACUACGCCGCACAGCUUCCUCCCUGCACAGCAGGUUACGAUUUGGUAAAUCUGGCAUGAGAGGGACGCGAGCUCCCCGAGCUUCGUAUCAUGCUAACGCCUGUGCCAGCGGAGAUUGUUUUCGUGCUGUUGCGAUCACAGCAUUCCCCAGAAAUAACGUUAUCGAGCCCGGCCUCAGGUCCAACCCCCCUGACGAGCAGAACGAAUUUGCUCCCCUGGCCCUAAAGCACCGCGAGAGCACAGAGGCCGAAGCUACGAGAAGCGGCAAGAAUAUGCCGACAACGGCGGGAACCACGUCGAUAAUUUUGGGCGCUAACACUAGACGUGCGACGGCUAUUUGCGCCUUACCGAGCGUUCCUUUGGUUUCCAAGGUUCGGGCUGGGCCUGCUGGUCACCUGCCUGUACAUAUGACACGUUCUUCCUUAAGCGCCGCAACACCACCGACUACCAUCGUGACUCCUAUGCAAGCGCCAUUGAUGGGAAAUAAUGAAAACCUAUGAGUAAUGCAUCUCGCCAUUCCCGGCCUCUGCUACGCGCUCUAGCAGCGUCUGAUAAGUUAGGACGAAAGUUCGCCGGUACAUUUCUUCAUUGGGCACAUUUAGGACACGUGACAGCAGCUAGAAAUAUAGAAUUGUACUGUGUGGUAGACGCUUUCCCCCGAAUUCGGAC